AUGUCAGAUGAUAUGAAUAAUUAUAAUCAUAAUGGUGGGGAAAUUGAAUCUGUAUCGCCAAUAAGGCUAACUUCUCGAGACAAUAUGUGCUCUUUACCGCCACAUCUUCUCAAUAAAUAUAUGCCUCAUUUUCCAACAAAUCCAUCUCCAUUGAGACAAUUGUUGGAAUUAACUGAAUAUGCUGAGGAUAUCGAUGAUGAAGAUCUUGAGAAUGAUGGUGGUGAAGAUGGAGGGGAUCGUGGUAUCAGUGACAUAUCUGACGAUUUUGAAUUUAAAAAACUAUCGCCAACUUCAUUUUUAAAAUGGAACAAUGAUAAAUGGGGCAUUAUUUCUAAGAAAAAAUCUACUGGUAGAGGAAAUAAUACGAAAUUUAAGAAAUAUAUUGAAAACUCUGAUAGGGACGGUCCAUCUUUAAUUAAAAAAUUGAAACCAGAGUUAUUUAAUUUGCAUGUAUUGACUGCAUUAUGUAAAGGUUGUAUCUCUCCCACUGCAAUCGGUAUCCUUAUAGCAAUAAAAAUCUACAAUAUCAGCUUAGAGCAUAAUGGUUAUACUCUAGAUUCUAGAAUUGAAAAAAAUAGUUAUGACAAUCUUUAUUCGUGUAAUGGAUUUGUCAUGGGUGAUGAAAAUAAUUCAAAUUCGAGUGAAUCCAAUUUAGAGAGACCACCGAUGUUUGGAGUUGACUAUUUGGAAUAUUCAAGGGAUUAUUUUGGUGAUGAUAACGAAUGCAAAGAAGGAGAUAAUUUUGAUGACAAAGGUGAUGAUAAUGUCGACAAGAUAUAUAUAGAGGAGAAUAAAACAAGUAUAAAACUACCGUCGCCAACUUGGGAUAAUUCUAAACCAAAAUAUAAGACGUUGUAUAAUACAUUAUAUUAUUCACAAUUGACAUUGAAUGGGGUUGUAUUGUUGUUGAUCACUUCUCUGACGAUAAAAUUCAGUAAAACAUUAUACUAUGAAAUUUCAAAAGUAAUGUCAGAAAAGAAACUUCAAUUUGAAUAUAAAUCAUUAGAAUGCAAAGAAAAUUAUUUCCAUAAUAAUUGUGGAACAAGUAAGCCAAAGGCAUCGAUAGUAGCUGAACAUUGCAUUGAAUGGAAAGAAUGUAUGUCAAAAAAUCAAGAUUUUUUUUAUUUAUUUAAAUCAUCCAUGUCAAUUGAGUUAAUAUACCAAACACUUGAAUCAUUUUUCAAGCCAAUGGCAUUUAAGGAAGCUAUUUUAAUAGUGAUAGGACUGGCUAUAUGGUUAUUUAGCUCUAAUUUUUUAUUUGGAUUCUUUAGAGUUUUAAGCUAUCAUGGAAUAUCAUCCGAUUCAAUUCCCCCAGAAAAGAAACACAAUUGA